UCAUAUUUAUGCUUCUUAAAAAUCUGUUCAAAUGGACAGGCAGGUGAGCCUAAGCAGGACGGAAAUGUUCUCUUUCGUCAACCCUUGGAUCCGGUACUUCCUGUUCUUCUUCAGCUUUUUAUUCUGGGUGUUUUCUCUUCUUAUCGUAGCCAUUGGGGUGUAUGCUAAAGCUCAGAAAGCGACAGACACCGUGCGGGACUCGUUCCUCAUUGACCCGGCUGUGAUCCUCAUAGUGGUGGGAGUCGUCAUGUUCUUCAUCACCUUCUGUGGAUGCAUUGGAGCUUUGCGGGAGAACAUCCGCCUCCUUAAGAUCUUCUCAUUUAGUCUGACGCUGGUCUUUCUUACCCAAAUGGCCAUUGCAAUCCUGGGCUUCUUCUACUCUGAGCAGACACGGGAUGCUUUGGGGGAAUUUGUAAAGAAAGCCAUUGUGCAUUAUCGAGAUGACCUGGACCUGCAAAACCUGAUGGAUUACAUCCAGAAAGAGUUUAAGUGCUGUGGCUGGAACAACUACACUGACUGGUCCUGGAACUUGUACUUCAACUGCAGCGCGUCAAACCCCAGCAAUGAGAGAUGUUCGGUGCCGUUCUCCUGCUGCACGCCUCUGCCUGGAGAGACUGUGAUCAACAGCAUGUGUGGCUUUGGGGUUCAGACGCAGAACCACCUUAAUGCCACCAAAUCCAUUUAUUCGGUGGGCUGUGCAGACAGAGCUGCUAUCUGGAUCGAAUCUCACCUGCUGUUAGUUGGGACUCUGACUCUGGGUCUCGCUUUACCACAGAUCGCAGGCAUCGUCCUGUCUCAGAUCCUCAUUUCUGAGAUCCGAUCCGUCAUGUAGAGCGGCAGACGAUCACCCGCAGAGCCAGGCAAACUGAUGCUUUCAUUCUGCAGCGACUGCCCCUUCCAUUUCCCUCUGCCUCGGAGCCAGCUCUUAUUUAUUUUCUAUCUCGCUUUCUGCUAUUAGAUUUAAUAAAAAAGAAAAAAGUUUGUUUGUAAA